GUGCUUGCGCAAAGAUGGUGGCGUGGCCACGCCCAGGUCUGCACCGAGACCUAACGUCCGCACAGUCGGCGGCGCCCUCCCGGAAGAGGUCAGUGUGGGGUUCGGUGAGUGAGUGAGUGAGGUCCUACAGCAGGACGGCCUGCGGCUCAAGUUGUAUUUUUCCCUUCUGAGAGAACCAGUGGAUUGAGGUGCUGAAUGAUCAAAUGUUGCAAAGCUGAGGACAUGUGGUAGAAGUAACUUUAAAUGUUAUUAUUUAGCAGAAAGCUUAUAAAGGCAGCUUUGAUUAAAGAUGACGUCCCUGUUUGCCCAAGAAAUUCGCCUUUCUAAAAGACACGAAUACAUAGUAUCACAAAGAUUAAUGCUACUUCAACAAAUGGAGAAUAAACUUGGAGAUCAAAACAAGGAAAAGACCCCUCAGAUGCAAACAGCUGAGACUGCUUUACAAAGGAACCUUAGUCUUUUAAAGGAUAUAGAAGCGGCAGAGAAGUCUCUACAGACCCAGAAUCAUCCAGUUCCACCGCCUGAGGUGGCUUCUCUUGAGACUCUUUACUGGGCAUCAGUAGAAGAAUAUAUUCCCAAAUGGGAACAGUUUCUUUUAGGAAGAGCACCAUAUCCUAUUGGUGUUGAAAAUCCAAAUGAAGCAGAAGAUACCAUUCAAAAGGAGGUGCAGCAAUAGCUUCUUCACAUACUAUUUGAAAAACCUAUUUAGGAAAGCUGAGUGUUAAAGAAUAUGCAGAUCACUGCAGGAACUUUAGGAAUCAGACAUGUUCACAUUGUCUCAUUACUUCCUCAAUGACAAUGAAGAUUUGAGAAUCUACUUGGAACUUUCAGGCCAUCACUGGGAGACCUACUACUCUUUCAGUGUCAUGAAUUUGCUUUCUACCAAACCCAUGGAAGUCUUAAAAGCUGAUACUGAAAGGUGGACUGUUGAUUAAAUAAGCUGCUGAAUGAGUGUUGUGUGCUGUUAAAAAAAAAAAAGUCAUUUACUGUCACUAUCACCUAAACAGUGAAUACCAGUAGUUCUGAUUUUACAUCUUCUAUAAUCUUUACUUUUCAGUUAUUUUGUUAUGGGGAUAAGGCUCAGGAUCCAAGUGGUUGUUUGCUCACUCUUUUAGCUUUCUAACAAAUGAAAAGACAGUGACAGUCGCUUAGUAUAAUAAUAUUGAUCAGGAAAUAGAUUCAUAGGAUUUUGUCCCUCAUAGAUCACUGGACCUGUAAAAAUUCUCGAAGCAAGAACUGAACUACCAAGCAUUCAAUAAGUAGCCAGUUUCAGGAGGGCUCAGACUGGGUUCUGAAAAAGGACACCUAUUAGAGCUGGGAAUGGUCGCUGGAUUUUGACCUGGUUAUUUAAAGAUUGCCAACCCUGUGAACACAAGUAACUCUUCUCUCAUCUUUUCAUCUUUAAAUCUAUCCUUCCCUGUCCCUUCUAUUUUCUUUAUUUCUCAAACAACUGUCAGUCAGAAACUUUUGGGCCACAACCCUCAAUAGCUUUGGGAUUCCUCAAUCCACCACUGCUGGAGUGCUCAAAAAAAAAAUUCUGAUUUUUCUAAUUAUAAAAGCAGCUCCUGCUUAGGAGUCCACAUCACAAUGAAAGAUUUUCAAUUUUAAACUGGUUUGUGGUUUUAUAAGACGACAAUAGGACAAGCUAAAAAAAAAAAAAAAAGUCCAUUGUGCUGAUAAGUUCCUUUAAACUACCAUCUUGGAAAUAUCCUGUUGAGUGGGUGUUGGUGUGGGUAACAAUAAUGUUGUUUUCAUAGCAUGUGCUGGCAGAUGAGCACACUUCUCUACAGUGUUAACAGUUGUAAUUAAGGAAUAAACAGCACAGAGUGUCAGUCCGAUGACAAUUUCAUCUAUAGUGUCACAAUACAAAAUGUCACAAAAUAUUAGAACUGUUAUAUAACUAUAAAAAGGAUUGGCUUAAAAGCCAAAAGCGCUUUAAAAAGGAAGACAGAGAAAGAAAGAAAAAAGAAAACUGGCAUAGGGACCAAAACCGUUUUAUACCUUCUCAAGACUGUUCUGUCACGAAAAUAAAUUGAUAUAUUUUUUUUUCUCCUGUUACAUUACAGUUUGGUUUCUAGCCAUCCAGUUGAUUUAGCAGGAGAAUGCAGGGCUUUUUAGCAGCUUUGAAUUGGUAAACAGAUUUAGAUGUAGUAGAGAGAACAUGAGGAAGUUUUUUUUUUUUUUUUU